AUGACCUGCGACUUGGAGUUGAACAGUACUAAGACCAAGAGCCCUAUAACCGAAGACUCAUUGAUCUACACAAACCUCCUCAGAUAUACACCCAGAACCACACCAGAUGGGGUUAUUCGAAUGGUUGGUGCUGUAAUCCCAAUUGAGUGUCAUUAUGAAAGGAAGUACAGUUUGGACAGUUAUUCUCUCCAGCCGACCUGGAUCCCUUUCACCGCCACAGUGUCUGCUGAAGACACCCUGCAGUUCUCAUUGAAGCUUAUGACAAGUGACUGGCUCUAUGAGCGGGGUUCUGGAGUCUACUUCCUGGGUGAUCCCAUCAACAUUGAGGCGCCUGUCAGGGUUGCUCACCACACCAGGCUCAGGGGUAUAUGUUUCAUUGAGAGUGAUGGGUGCUUGACGGAUUCCCAGCUGCCUGGUUCCCGCUCUGGUUUCAUGCGUAGAACCCAGGACAACGAGCUCGGGUUCCACAUUGAUGCCUUUAGGUUCUACCAGGAGGACGGGGCAGAGCUGUACAUCACCUGCCACCUUAUGGCAGUCCCUGUCAUGGACCAUGCAGAGCCUAGCAACAAGGCAUGCUCCUUCAUUGAUGGCAGAUGGAGGUCUGCUGAUGAGAAUGAUUUGCUAUGUGGGCAUUGUCUAAGCCUGAGUAGACAGAAGGGGGUUGAUCAAGCUCCAGCACAACGUCCCCUCAGUCCAAGACUAGGUGGUAGCCAACCUGAACCCCGGAUCUACCGCAACAAACCCCCAGUCUCUGGAUACUACUUUGGGCCCCAUAAUGGUCCUCCCAAGUAA